UAGCCUCCAUCCACCAUUCCAUAAUUUCCAUAGCCUCCAUCUCUUAUUCUCUCCCUCUCUGAGCACUCUCCAUAACUUUUGUUCCUUUUGGGUCCGGCGGGGUUCUUAGAAAAAUCAAAAUCAAGAUGGCAGAAAAGAUCACGAACAUGAAAAACAAAUUUGCAUGUUCUAACCACAGCGAUGAUAAACAAGACGCAGGAGAUGAUCUUGAUUGUAGCCUGUCACUAGAGAAGCUUACCCUUCUUCCUAGAAAGAAACUUCUUGUUCUUGACGUUGGAGGCUUGCUGUGCCACAGGGUACACCGUCUUGACGAGUCCAGCAUCCCAACAUUUCGCAAUGCUGAUGCAUCCCCUGGAAGCAUUUUAAUUUACAAGAGGCCUCAUUAUGAAGAGUUCAUUGAAUUUUGCUUUGAAAAUUUUGAAGUGGGAAUAUGGUCUUCUGCAACGAGAUGGUAUCUGAACAGCACCUUGGACUCUAUAAUGAAAGGUUUGAAAAGCAAGCUUUUAUUUAUUUGGGACCAAUCUCAAUGCACUGAUUCUGGGUUCAAGACCUUGGAGAAGAAGGACAAGCCAAUUUUUUUUAAAGAGUUGAACAAAAUUUGGAAUUUCUAUGAACACUAUUCAGAAUCAAACACAUUGCUGAUAGAUGAUACUCCAUACAAGACCUUGCUGAACCCUCCUCAUACUGCAAUAUUUCCGAAUAAAUACAUAGCUGACCAAGUUGGUGAUACUGCAUUAGGUCCCAGUGGUGAUCUUCGUGUGUACUUGGAAGGACUGGCCGAUGCAGAUGAUAUUCCUUCUUAUGUGAAAGAACAUCCGUUUGGGAAGUCUGCAAUAACCUCUGCUCAUUCUGAUUGGGAGUACUAUUCCAGGAUUAUCAGCCAUAUGGCGGGAAGGAUUACCAACUUGAAAAACAAAGGAGUAUGUAAUGAGCAGAGUGAUGCUGAAGAAGACACAGGAAACAAUUGGUUCCUCGCACUACAGAAGUUGAACAACGUUGGUCCUAGAAAGAAGCUUCUUGUUCUGGGCCUAGGAGGCCUGCUUUGUCACAGGGUUUGCAAACGUGACGUGUCCGACAUUCCAAGAUCUCGCUACCCUGAUGCAUUCUAUGGAAGCAUUUUAGUUUACAAGAGGCCUUACUGUGAAGAAUUCAUGAAAUUUUGCCUUGAAAAAUUUGAAGUGGGAAUAUGGUCUUCUGCAAAGGAAUGGUAUCUGGACAGCGCCUUGGACUGUAUAAUGAAAGGAUUGAAAAGCAAGCUUUUAUUUGCAUGGGACCAAGUUGAAUGCACAGAUUCUGGGUUUAAGUCCUUGGAGAACAAGAAGAAGCCCAUCUUUUUCAAAGAGUUUAACAAGCUACAGAAGUUCAGUAUUCAAUAUUCUGCAUCAAACACGCUGCUGAUAGAUGACAAUCCAUAUAAGGCCUUGCUAAACCCUCCUCAUACAGCAAUAUUUCCCAACGAGUACAAGACUGACCAAGUUGGUGAUACAGCUUUAGGUCCUGGAGGUGCCCUGCGGCUGUACUUGGAAGGCCUGGCGGAUGCAGAUGAUGUUCCUUCUUAUGUGAAAGAACAUCCAUUUGGGCAGCCUGCAAUAACCCCAUUACAUUCUGAUUGGGAGUUCUAUUCGGGGGUUAUUCGCCAUUUUCACAAGGAAUGAGCUACAGGAAAGAUCGUGAUCAAAUCAAUUUCAGAGACUUUUCACCGUGUGCUAUCUGGACUUCAUAGUAAAUUCUGUUUGUAUGUUGAAAGUAGGAGAGCAGUCUCUGCUACUCUAUAUUUACCAUAUCAUGGCUCGUUUUAGUGACGGGUUAAUGUGUUUUUGGAAAAAAAAAUGUUCUACUAUGAUAUAAAUGUGAAAAUUGUGUGUUUAUAAAAGUAUUUUUUA